AUGCUUGAGGAAGAGAUCCCAAAUGCCCUCAGUCAAUUUGUUCCUUCCUUUCUUCAUUCAAACAGUUCGGGGCACAGGGAAUCCGCUGUGAACAAGACAGAAAUAGAUCCUGUUCUCUUGGAGCUUCCGUUUUACCGGGCGUUGUACCGCCACGCAAAGAUUAAGAUAGGAUUUUGUGAUGCAACACGCUCAGACGAUUCCGCCGCGCUGCCCUGGUUCUCCACUCAGUGCGCCUGCGCGCAAGCCUGGCCCAAUCGGAUACAGCCCAAGGCUGUAUCGAGGGCGGGAUUGGUUCCUCAGCUGGGGAAGCAGAAAGGGGCGGGGCUUUGUCCCGAAACCUGUGGCUGCAGGCUGACGGAAGUGAGCUGGAGACUCGGAAAAGUUGUUGUCGCCGGAAGUCUGGGGGAAAAGCGCUACCGGGUGAUGGCGGCAAAGGCUAAGGCAGAGGAGGUGGGGCGCCCGGCCUGUCGGGAACCGCGGGGAAUCACCUGGGCCGUCCGGGAAGAAGCCGAACCGGCCCCGCCUCCAGCCUGUCCGCCGCAGGUGCCGGUGGACGGCGCAGAGAAGCAGCAGCGCCCUGCGGCGGCCGAGGAGCUGGUCGCCCAGAAGCGCGAACAGAGACUGCGCAAAUUCCGGGAUCUGCACCUGAAGCGGGAGUGUACAGCAAGAGGGGAAGACUAUAAGAAAGUGAAGUUGCUAGAGAUCAGUGCAGAAGAUGCAGAAAAAUGGGAGAGGAAAAAGGAGGAAAAACCCCAAUCUGGGAUUUUCAGUGGAGAGUUGUUCUACCCAACAUCUAACAGUCUUCUUCAUGGAACACAUGUGCCUUCCACAGAGGAAAUUGUUAGGAUGGUCGUAGACUUGGAAAAGCAAAUUGAAAAACGAGACAAAUACAGCCGGAGACGUCCUUAUAAUGAUGAUGCAGAUAUUGACUACAUUAAUGAAAGGAAUGCUAAAUUCAACAAGAAGGCAGAAAGAUUCUAUGGGAAAUAUACAGCUGAAAUUAAACAGAACUUGGAAAGAGGAACAGCUGUCUAAUCUCCUUCAGGAACUGUUCUGACUGCCAAAUUGUACCAGUAAAUCAGGACUCUUUCCUAAUUUGUAAAGACAUGUUCUACAAAUCUGUGUAUUUUCAUACUUACAUAUUUAUCAUUCAUUUGUUUUAGAAAAUUCUGUCUUGUAUUUCUGUGUUUGAAGUGUGUGCUUAAUGUGUGCAUUCUGCUAGGCUUAAAAUCCUUAGAUACGAACACAAGUCAUCAUCAUGCUGAAAUCUGUCAUACAUUUGACUUGACCUGGAGUUGAACUUGGGAGGUUCAGAGGUGAGUUGCUAAAUUGGCACUAAUUCUUCUUAUAAGCUAUGGUAGGUAGUGAAAGGAAGGCAGUGGUCACUGGAAAUUCAACCUAAUCCCUCCCUGCUCCAAGAGGUCACAAUUAGCAGGUGCUUGCCUGUCCCAUGUUCUAUCCCAUGGCCCAGGUGCAUUUAUGGGGCAAGCAUAGAGGGUGGGAGACUGAUUCUCCAAUAGCAUUUUACAAAUAUGCCAUCCUUCAAAAAGCAAAUAUCCCUUGGAAGAAGGUAAGUUAAAACACUUGGUGAAAGUAUUAUUAAAAUACACAUAAUACAGUCUUUUUUUUUUAAAAGGCUAACUGGAAUUCUAACCUUAUUUCAACUGUAACUAAAAAAUUAGGACGUGAUUUCAGUAGUAAUUAUGAGAAACAGAGGAUAGAAAACCUGAAGUCAGGAGUAUCCCAUGAAAGUGAAGAUUAUUUGUGCCAUGUUACUUGAAUAAAAACAUGCCUAGGAUUGAGAUCAGUAUAAGCUGGGCACACUUACUGAUCAAUGAGUAGGAAGCUCUGGUUUAGCUAAUGACGGGCUUAUAAAGAUGGUUAAUAUAAAUGCUAAUAAUAGAA